AUGGUGCACAUGAAUGUCCUGGCAAAUGCUCUCAAAAGUAUCAACAAUGCAGAAAAACUAGGAAAAAGCCAGGUCCUCAUUAGGCCGUGCUCUAAAGUAAUCGUCAGGUUCUUAACUGUGAUGAUGAAGCAUGGUUACAUUGGUGAAUUUGAGAUCAUUGAUGAUCACAGAGCAGGAAAAAUUGUUGUGAACCUCACAGGCAGAUUAAACAAGUGUGGUGUAAUCAGCCCCAGAUUUGAUGUUCAAUUGAAAGAUCUGGAAAAGUGGCUUACAACUUCAGCUGGCAUCAUGGACCAUGAGGAAGCAAAACGAAAACACACAGGAGGAAAAAGCCUGGGAUUCUUUUUCUAA